GUGACCGGAGGGCAAAGGUGGAAACAAAGCGAAGACUACGGUGGCUGCGAGGCGACGGGGAGGAGUCGCCAUGGAGGCCUACAAGCUCUGGGUGAGGAGGAACAGCGAGUUCGUCCAUUCCCUCGAAUCGCUGGCCAACGGUAUCACUUGGCUUCUCCCGGAGCGCUUUUCCAACUCCGAAAUCGGAUCCGAAGCAGUGUACGCUUUAUUGGGCAUAAUCAGUACCGUGAACCAGCACAUAAUUGAUACAACUCCGACAAGGAUGCGACCUCAUGGAUUCGGAAAGUCGACGUUUCCUUGGUCUCUGUGUGUGUCCGCACUUAAAGAUGUGGAGACAGUCGUUGAGGUUGCAGCACAACAGUUUGCUGGUGAAGAGCGCAAGUGGAAUUACCUUACAGUGACUGAAGCCGUAAAGGCAUUUGUUAGGUUGACCGCUUUCCGUGAUAGCGGAUACAAGAUGCUUUUACAAGGUGGAGAGUUAGUGAACAUGGAUGAGAGGCUAGAGGUUUCUGGAGUCUACCAUGCAAGGAAUGGGGAUUCUGGCGUGUCUGGUGGAUAUAAUAGGCCUGAACACAUCCAUGGUUAUCAUGGCUCCAUACCUAGGAGUUUGGAAGGAAGAGCCAUAUCAGCAUUAAGCCGCUUUGGCGAGAAUGCAAAAAUGGCAUCAAAUCCAAUGUGGUUAAACAAGCUUUGCCCGAGUUCAGAGGCCACCCCUGCUCUUUUGUUUCAGAAGCCCACAUUUUCUACUCUCUGGUUCCAGAAGGGGCUUUCUGGUAGGUUAUUUUUGACAGGAGAGGUGCUCUCUGUUCUGAGACCUCUCGUAUAUGUCCUUUUCAUUAGAAGAUAUGGAAUUCGAUCUUGGAAACCAUGGUUGAUUUCACUGGCCAUGGACCUGGCUGGAAUGAACUUGCUUUCACAUUCUACAACUUGGCAUCGUAGAAGCAAUGAUAAAUUCUAUCAACUUUCUACCUAUGAAAAGGAUGAGUUAAGAAGGCGAAAGCUGGUGUGGGCACUUUACAUCAUGAGAGAUCCAUUCUUUAGCCAGUAUACAAAGCAUCAUCUUGAAAAGACUGACAGAUACUUGAGUCGUAUCCCUUUAGUAGGGUUCCUUACAGCUAAACUUGUAGAGCUAAUCGUUGGAGCGCAGACACGUUAUACGUACACAUCAGGUUCAUGAGGAGGAAAACCCUGACAGUAAUGUCCUUCCAUAUUAAAAAUGAUCCUGAUCGAUUGAUUCCUUGAAAUUCUAGUACAUGGAUCAUUUUUCUCCAACAUCUUAAUCGAGGAAGUUUGUUACUUCGGUUAAGCAACGUAUUGAUCUAUACUGCAAUUUUCAUGGUGUAUCUGGUAUAUUAGUUGCUUCGGCCAAUUCCCACCCCUAUAUGCGAUUAUUGGAAAAGUAUCUGUAUUUAGACCAUAUAUUUUAUAGUCAAACAAUAUGAUCACUUAUAUGUUGAUCAAUUAUGGACAAGUUAUUACUUAGAAAACACAUUGAGCAAAAAGAUUA